GGCCUACGGCCAACGGUGAAACCUCGAUUUGCGAAGCCGAAUCCCGUCCGGGCUAUGCGGGAGCGAGAGGAACGCCGAGCUGCUGCCGCCACCACUUCCUCACAGUCCCUUCGAAUCAACGCCGUCAAUCGCAACGCAUCGCUCGCUGCUCCGAACCGCCCGCAAUGUCCCAACAAGUCAUGUCCGAACCCGAAUGUCGUCGACGGCACAUGCCAGACAUGUGGUCGUAUCGCUGACGACAGCAACAUCGUUUCCGAAAUCACCUUUGGAGAGUCGUCCAACGGCGCUGCGGUUGUCCAUGGCUCUUACAUUGGAGCUGAUCAGGCUGGUGUCCGAAGUAUGGGACCUGCGUUUCGAAGGGUUGGUGGAUCAGAAGACAGGGAAAAGAGCAUUCGAGAGGCCAAGAGUUUGAUGCAGGGAUACGCACAGCAGCUCAACGUCGGAGAGAGCUUGAUCACGGCUGGAACGCAGGUCUUCAAGCUCGCCUCGAGCGCCAACUUUGUACAGGGUCGCACUCUCGCCAGUGUCGCCGCCGUCUGCCUAUACGCCGCUUGCAGAGCACAGCCGCCAUGUAAGGUCAUGCUUAUUGAUCUGGCCGAUCUGGUGCAGCUCAACGUCUUCAAGCUUGGUCGCAUCUUCAAGAAGCUCAACGAGGUGGUCCCAAUCGGCAACGACGGUCUUAUCCCUGUGUACCCUGAAGAUCUUAUCUGGCGGUUCGCGACAAAAAUGGAGUUUCACCAAGAGACAGCCAAGGUUGCUGAGGAUGCUGUUCGCUUGGUGAAGCGUAUGAGUCGGGAUUGGAUGGUCAUGGGUCGUCGACCAUCUGGUAUUUGUGGUGCUUGUCUUCUCAUGGCUGCGCGAAUGCACAACUUUCGACGGACUGUGCGAGAAGUCGUCUACAUCGUCAAGGUCACCAAUCACACCAUUCAGAGCCGACUGCAAGAGUUCAAGGUCACCGAAUCGAGUCGAAUGUCGGUUGAGGACUUUUUGAAGCAGGAUUUCCUGGAAAGCUCACACGAUCCACCUUCAUUCUACAGAAACACCGAGGAGUACAAGAAGACGUUAGAGGGCAAGACCAAAAAGCGCAAGCGGCCAUCGGCAGACUUGGAGGAAUAUCGCCGCGACGACGACGGAUUCAUCAUUCCACCCAUUCCCUCAAAGAUUGCGAAGGACCCAUCGCUGGUUAACAGACUAAAUGGAAACAACGCGACAGACGACCAGAACGAAGAAGCCAACGUGGAGAAUCUCGACAACUUGGUUGAAGAAUUCGGUGACGCUCUGGAAGAGGAGCUGGAAGGAGAUGCUCGAAUGAACGAAAAGCAAAAGGGAAAGCCUCAACUGCCUAUCAACGAGGAAUGGGAGCAGGAUGAACAAGAACUAGAGGGAGUCAUCGAAGAGAUCUUUAACGAUCCUCUGACAUACGAGCACGCCAUGGCCUACUCGAAUGCCGAGCAGCGAGCGCAGAUCCACACCGUCUGGGCAUUACAACAACGACCUCAGAAGGAAGUGUCCAUGUCGGCGGACGUGACAGAAGACGAGUUUGCCGACGACCCCGAGGUCAUCAAUUGUCUUUUGUCGCCAGAAGAGGCCCAGAUCAAGGAGAUGAUUUGGGUCAACCAAAAUAAGGAGUGGCUACGAAAGCACCAAGAGAAGGUGUUUCGAAAGAAGGUUGAAGCAGAGCGACCAAAGCAGACACGAAAGCGACGAAAGAGAGCCAGGAUGGGUGAAGGACAGACAAGCCCAGCCAGUUCAGCAGCCGAGGCGGCUGUCAACGUCGCCAAGGAUCGCGCGUGGUCCAAGAGGAUCAACUACGACGCCAUCCGCAACAUUUUCGACAUGCCCAACGUCGGAGGACCCGGAUCAGAAGCCACAAGCCAAAAGACGAGCGUCGCUGGUAGCACCAUGGGCGGCGACGACGCAAGCGAAGCAGGCAACGAGAGUGUGGUUGGCGAUGAGACAGAGGCUCCUCAGGAGGAAGAGGAAGAGGAAGAAGAGGAGCAGUACGACGAA